GUUAACGUUUUCUGUUUGUACCUGGACGUCACUGACAGGCGGCAGCGGCAUCAAACUUCACUCAAAUUUAACCUUUGCUCUUAAAUCGUUAUUUAAAAUCAUAUUCUCGCUCUGGAACCAGUGAGUUAAACUGGUCUGAGCCAUAUUUUUUGGUAUUUAAUCUACGAUCAGCGUGUUGUUUGUGAUAGAGGUCCUCCAGCUGAAGCCAGUUCACCGACCAGAUGCUUGCCCCGGGCAGGACCUUCUCCUCCCGACUGCUGAGGCCCGCCGCGUGGCUUCCUCUCCGGCUGAGCUCCGAGCGGACGGCCGCCAGCUUCCCGCAGAAAGAGUUGAUCAAGAAACUUGAGCAGGAUGAGCUUCGCCCCCUCUACAUGGACUUCCAGGCAACCACCCCCAUGGAUCCCCGGGUGCUGGAUGCCAUGUUGCCGUACCAGGUGAAUUACUACGGUAACCCUCACUCCCGAACACACGCCUACGGCUGGGAGAGCGAAACCGCCAUGGAGACCGCUCGGAAGCAGGUGGCUGAUCUGAUUGGAGCUGAUCCCAGAGAGAUCAUCUUCACCAGCGGAGCCACAGAGUCAAACAACAUGGCUAUCAAGGGUGUAGCUCGGUUCUACAAGGCCAAAAAGAAUCAUGUGAUCACCACUCAGACCGAACAUAAAUGCGUCCUAGACUCGUGUCGGAUUCUGGAAGCAGAAGGAUUCAACGUUACUUACCUGCCGGUCCAGCAGAACGGACUGCUGGACCUGGAGCUGUUGGAGGCCUCCAUCCGUCCUGACACCUCGCUGGUGUCGGUGAUGACCGUGAACAAUGAAAUUGGAGUCAGGCAGCCGGUCAAGGAGAUUGGUCAGAUUUGUCGCUCAAAAGGAGUCUUCUUCCACACUGAUGCCGCUCAGGCCAUUGGGAAGAUUCCCGUCAGCAUCUCUGACUGGAAAAUUGAUCUAAUGUCCAUCAGCGGUCACAAGAUCUACGGACCCAAAGGUGUGGGUGCGUUGUAUGUACGUCGCAGGCCGAGGGUGCGUUUGGAGCCGCUACAGAAUGGGGGCGGGCAGGAGAGGGGGCUGCGCUCUGGCACUGUCCCCACCCCGUUGGCUGUUGGACUGGGAGCUGCCUGCAGCAUCGCCCAGAAGGAAAUGGAGUAUGAUCAUCAGCGGGUGUCCAUGCUGGCUAAUCGUCUGGUCCAAAAGAUCAUGUCUGAGAUUCCUGACGUCAUCAUGAAUGGAGAUCCGGAACAACGCUACCCCGGAUGUAUCAACCUUUCUUUUGCCUACGUGGAAGGAGAGAGUCUGCUGAUGGCCCUGAAGGAUGUUGCUCUGUCAUCUGGGAGUGCAUGUACAUCAGCGUCUCUGGAGCCGUCAUAUGUCCUCAGAGCUAUUGGAGCAGAUGAAGAUCUGGCUCACUCUUCCAUCAGGUUUGGUAUUGGCAGGUUCACCACUGAAGAAGAGGUUGACUACACGGCAGAGAAAUGCAUCCAGCAGGUCCGCAGACUCCGAGAGAUGAGUCCUCUGUGGGAGAUGGUUCAAGAAGGCAUCGACCUGAAGAGCAUCAAGUGGACGCAGCAUUAGACUCUUUCCACGUCUUGUUCCAAAAAAUUCGUGGAACGGACCAGCUUUUUCCUUCCUGUAAACAAACACGCACAAACUUCCUGCCCGACUUGAAGUCUGUCUGUAGCCGUAGCUCAGUGUCUCUGUAGAAGCUCCUCCAGUUGCUCUCUCAGAAGAUAUUGCUCAGUUGACCAACGCACAGCAAUCUAUUCUUUUUCUUCUAUUGCCCAGAAGGCUAAUACUUUGUCUCAAAUGAAAAUUAUUCAGAAGCUGUGACACG